CGGGCGGCCCGCUCGCUCGCAGCACAUACACAGGCUCCAAGGCGCUGGCGCCGGGGCCGCGGGAAGGAGGUGACUUCGUUCCCUGCGGCGGACGCGGCCCAGGGUACCCGGAGCCUCCCGGGGCCCCGAAAGCAGCGGCCUCCCCUGGCUCGGUAGGCGGCGCGGGACAUCCAGGAUCCGGCAGUAGUGAAUGCUUCACAACGAGCGGAGAUCUCCUAGCAACCUUCCUUAGGAAUUCUGUCUGGCCCUGAUUAGAAAACUGGAGUCAAGGCCCUGAGAUUGAUGACUUUGUCUUGGGAGUCGGUGAGAAGGUGAAACCAAAGGCCAACAUGGGUCAGAAGGUCACCGGAGGGAUCAAGACUGUGGACAUGCGGGACCCCACAUACCGACCCUUGAAGCAGGAGCUCCAGGGUCUGGAUUACUGCAAGCCCACCAGGCUGGACCUGUUGCUGGACAUGCCCCCCGUGUCCUACGAUGUCCAGCUGCUCCAUUCCUGGAACAAUAAUGACCGCUCGCUCAAUGUCUUCGUGAAAGAGGAUGACAAGCUGAUCUUUCACCGGCAUCCGGUGGCCCAGAGCACGGACGCUAUCAGAGGCAAAGUUGGGUACACACGUGGGCUUCAUGUGUGGCAGAUCACGUGGGCCAUGAGACAACGAGGCACACAUGCCGUGGUGGGGGUGGCCACGGCAGAUGCCCCCCUGCACUCCGUCGGGUACACAACCCUCGUGGGGAAUAACCACGAGUCCUGGGGCUGGGACUUGGGGCGCAACAGGCUCUACCAUGAUGGCAAGAACCAGCCAAGUAAGACGUAUCCAGCCUUUCUGGAGCCAGAUGAGACGUUCAUCGUCCCUGACUCCUUUCUUGUGGCCUUGGACAUGGAUGAUGGGACCCUCAGUUUCAUUGUGGAUGGACAGUACAUGGGAGUGGCUUUUAGGGGCCUCAAGGGUAAAAAACUCUAUCCUGUAGUGAGUGCUGUCUGGGGCCACUGUGAGAUCCGCAUGCGCUACUUGAACGGACUUGAUCCCGAGCCCCUGCCUCUCAUGGACCUGUGCCGGCGCUCGGUGCGCCUGGCCCUGGGGAAGGAGCGCCUGAGCGCCAUCCCUGCACUGCCGCUGCCCGCCUCCCUCAAGGCCUACCUCCUGUACCAGUGACUUGUGCCCCAGGAUUGCAGUACAACAGCCACCUGGUGCCAACUCACUGAGCCGUCAGGGCCACUGCACCCAGCGCCUGGGACGGACGCCCGCCUUCAGCCAUGGGCCGAAGCCCCUGUUCUUCCUCCUCAUCCUCCCAGCUGCCUCUGCUGGGAAAGAUGCCAACAGGACUCCUCUCCUUCCUUCGCAGUGCGGGCCAGAGCAGCAGCAUGCAAGCCCCCCGCCCCCCUCCCCGGAACCAGAUGCCGAGAAUAAACUCCUAGGAAAGCCUCCACAGGCACCUGUCUGCUCUUGGGCAGGGCGGGCCGCAGCCAUCUGUGUGUUCUGAUUGGUAGGAUGUGUGAGAGGUGCUAAGGUUCAAGGGCAGAUCCCAGGAGCGGGAAGGGCCAGGAUCAGUCCACACAAAUGAAGCUCAGGACAUCAUGCACCAUGGCCACCAAGGCAGACUCCUAAGCCAGCCCACCCUGGGGCCAGUGAGCACCCAGCCUUGAGGCCGGCUGCUGGUGCUCCAUGCCCUGUAUUUAUUCUUUAAAAAGUAACAAAGGCCAUUUAUUUAUUCCAUUUAAAAAGGAAACCUUGUUCGGUCACCUUUCUCCAGCGUGUUCUGUUGCUUUUUCCCCACCUGCCACCUCCCUGGGAUGUGUGUGCCACACCUGUCCUUCUCCCUGGACAUGCCUGUGGCAUGUGAGUCGGAGUGCUCAGGCACAAGGGUGGCUUUGUCUACAUCCCUCGACCUAGUUUCCAGGGGGCUCUGCAUUAUCCUCAUGUGCAAUACGAGAGUCCCCAGGAACCCCUCAGAGGGCUGUGCAGGUCCCCGUGUUCCCAGGUGACUCUCACCGUGAGCAUAUGUACAUCGUGGCAUGUGUUUAGGUUUCUUUCGUCUUCCAUGACUUUUUGGUAUGAGUUUGAUUUUGCACCUGUUUUUCUAGCUGAGAUUUCCCAAGGGCAUCCUCAGAGGCUCAAAGGACCACCGGAACAAGGACAGGGGCCAGCAGGGUCUCCAUCUCCUGGGAAGCCACAGGCAGAGCGGGACAGAAAUCAGCAGCAGAGUGGAGCCACAUGGGGGGCCCUCACUGUGCGCAGGCUCAGGAAGCACAUGGAGUAGCCCUAGUUCAUCAUGACCCUCACAACCUCAGGAGGGGUCGUGCGGGGCAGCCAGCAGGAGAUAGAUGCCCCUCCCCACACCUGCCCCAGCUCCCGUGAGUUUAGCUCAGUGGGGGGUGCUUAUCUAGCAUACACAAAGCCCUGGGUUCCAUCCCCAGCACCACAUAAAACUGGGCACGGUGGGUCAUCCCUGUAAUCCCAGUACUCGGGUGGUAGAUGCAAGAGGAUCAGAAGUUCAAGGUCAUCCUUGGCUGCAUAGUGAUUUUGAGGCCAGCCUAAACUACAUGAGCCUUGUCUCAAAAAAGAGAAGAAAAGAAAAAAAAAAAAGAAAUCAACUCCUGUCGAGUCUGAGUUCUGUUCAUUUCUGCACAGGUACAAUAGAUGACUUUAUUUGUUUAAAAUGUUUAAUAUAUAUACAUAUACAUAUAGAUAUAUAUAUAUAUAUUUGUCCAUAAGAAUUGUUUUUAAGCAGCUGCUGUAGGGUACCUUUAAAAAAAAAUCUUCCAGUGGAGCAUAUUUUCAAAGCACAAAAUUGGUGCCAAGACAAUAUGAGGAAUGUAAAUUACCCCCUUCAUAUUGUGAAAAUUUUGUGUUUUUGGAGAAGGGGUUUUACCUGGCAGACUUUGAAGAUUUCUCUUGCUCCUGUUUAGGGCGGGUCAUGUUCACUUGUAUAGAUCUCAGCUUGUGGCCUUGACCCAGCUGUUCCCCACAGAUGGGAUGCUGAGGAAUUGCUGGGCCCUCUGCACCCCUCUCUCUCCCAACACCCUGGGACUGCCCACCCAUCCUGCUUUCCUAACAGCCUAGAGCCUUGUGGUAUGUAUAGUUUUGAAACUCCCAUUCUAUUUUAUGAUGAUUCAUAAUAGUGCCCUAAUAAAGAAAAGUUUGUUAAAAUACGAAA